GGCCGGACUCGGUGCUGAUCGGCCGCGCUCGGCGCUUCCCUGCCGUUACCGGCUCGGUUGCAACGGCCCCGCCGCUCAGCCCCGGCCCCCAGCAGCCCCGCCUGGCCAUGCUGGCCGCAGCAUGGGCCCUGCGGAGCAGGACACGCUGGCCUUGCGGGAGCAGCUCUUCCACGAGAGGGUCCGCGAAUGCAUCAUCUGUGCCCUGCUCUUUGCCAGUCUCUACAUCCUGUGCCACUUCAUCAUAACUCACUUCAAGAAGCACACAGAUUUUGCUGCAGUGCAUGAUGAUGAGGAUGCUGCUGUCAACAGGAUCACGCUGGGGCUCUGCACCUUCACCCUGGCCACGGCCCUGGGAGCUGUCCUGCUGCUGCCCUUCUCCAUCAUCACCAACGAGGUUCUGCUCUCCUUCCCCCACAACUUCUACAUCCAGUGGCUCAACGGAUCCCUCAUCCACGGCCUCUGGAACUUGGUUUUCCUCUUCUCCAACCUCUCCCUCAUCUUCCUCAUGCCCUUUGCCUACUUCUUCACCGAGUCCGAAGGCUUUGCAGGCUCCAAGAAGGGCAUCAUGGCCAGGGUGUACGAGACCUCGGUGGUGCUGCUGCUGCUGACCCUGCUGGUGCUGGGCAUGGUCUGGGUGGCCUCUGCCAUCGCCGGCAACGAUGCUGCCAGUCGCCAGUCGCUCUAUGACCUCUGGGACUGUUACCUGCCCUACCUCUACUCCUGCAUCUCUCUCUUCGGUGUCCUGCUGCUGCUGUUGUGCACUCCCUUCGGCCUCUCCACCAUGUUCACCGUCACGGGGAAGCUGCUGGUGAAGCCCCGGCUCCUGGAGGACCUGGAUGAGCAGCUGAGCUGCACCAGGCUGGAAGAAGCUGCUGUGUCCCACAGGAUCUCCUCAGGCAAAGCUUCCUGCUGGCUGAACCUGGACAUGGAGCUGCUGCGGGAGCAGCUCCUCACCAUCCGCAGCAGGAGGCGGACGCUGGAGCUGCGGCACCGAGCCUCACCCUGGCAGAGGAACUUGGGCUACCCCCUGGCCAUGCUGGGGCUGCUGGCACUGACUGGCAUCUCUGUGCUCAUUGUCUGCUUCCACGUCCUGGAGCUGCUGCUGGACGACGCUGCCAUGCCCAGGGGCAUGCAGGAUGCAUCCCUGGGCCAGGUCUCCUUCUCCAUCUUUGGUUCCUUUGGAGCUGCCCUGCAGGUGAUCCUCAUCCUCUACCUGAUGGUCUCCUCUGUCGUGGGCUUCUACAGCUCCCCCCUCUUCACUCACCUCCUCCCCCGGAGGCAGGACACCCCCCUCACAAAGAUCAUCGGGAACUGCGUCUCCUUGCUGGUGCUCAGCUCGGCCCUGCCUGUGUUCUCCAGGACACUGGGGAUCACACGUUUCGAUCUCCUGGGGGACUUUGGCCGCUCCAACUGGUUGGGGAACUUCUACAUCAUCUUCCUCUACAACAUGAGCUUCGCAGGGCUCACCACCCUCUGCCUGGUCAAGAAGGUCUCCUGGGCCGUCCAGGCCGAGCUCCUCCGUGCCCUGGGUCUGCACAAGCUGCCGCUGCCUGUCGCCCGCCGCCGGCCCCUCGGGAAGCCCUGCUAGGGCUGGGGGGGCCAGGGACGUGCCCCCC